AAACAAAUUGCACUGCGAUCGCCGGAAUUUAGAGAGAGAAUGGGUUUGAAAGAAGGAGUAAAAAGUUCGAAAAGAGCAAAGCACCCCGUAUUUAUAGAAAAGAAAAGGGGCGCAUCAACUUCCUCAACCCACGAUCUCCACGACACAAUACAACUCCCAACACUUGUCAUCAACGCAAAUCAUCCCUUUUCAAAAAAGAGAGGGAACUUUCGGACUUCUGACAGCUGGAAACCCACCCAUUUAAUUCUAAAUGGACCGGGUCUGGGGGGCAUGUUGUUUGGGCUCCCAAUUGAUUCUCAAUUGGGCCACUAAGUCCAAAGCCCAAUGGCUCUAAACAACAGCAUCAAACCUACCAAUGGCUAUUCAGCCAUCCAUUAAGGCCCAAGGCCCAAUAGCAAUAAAUGACCUAUGGGCAUUUAUUAUGCAAACACUAUAAAUAGGCCGCCAAGGCUCACACCUCAAGGUACGUCCAAUUUAUCGCCUUAAGACUACUCUUCUAGGGAACUUCUCUCUAGAAUCCGAGCAUCGUUCUUACUUAGGCAUCGGAGGGGCUUUCCUCGGAAACACCCCCGAGGCUAGUGACUUUGCUCUUGUGUAGGUGAAUUCGGACUCUACUCAUUCAAACAAUCAAGAUCUUCAACACAUACAAAAGGGCCUUCAUUCGAAGCCCAUUGUUUCCAUAUUUACAACACCGGAACACGUUGUAUUUUGUACUCAUAUGAUUAGCUUUUGUAUUAUUAAAAUUAGGUCCACUACAACGUGUUUCAUGUAUCAAGUAGUGAACAAAGAAAUUUCUUGCUGUAAAUCUAGAUUUUUUUUAUUAUUUUGGUAUACUACAUGUGGAGAAUAUGCGAAUAUUUUAUAUUAUUUGAAAACUUUUUAAAAUAUUUCAAUAGUUUCACUCAAUUGAGGUGUAUAAAUAGUGGGUUAAAGCAUGCAUGAAAUCAUAUAACAAUAACUAAAUUAAAGGUUCUCUAUACAUAUUUUCUCACACUUCAUAUUUUGGCCUUUAAGCAUUUUAUCAACCAUGGAAAACACAACACUUGCAUUAAUACUUCCCAUUUUAUUUAUUUGUUUUCACCUGAUUCAUUCAUUCAUUUGCCAGUCUCGAAAGUCCAGCAAACUCCCACCGGGGCCGAAAAGAAUGCCAAUUUUUGGCAAUAUUUUCGACCUUGGAGAAAAACCUCAUCGUUCAUUUGCGAAUCUUGCUAAGAUUCACGGGCCUUUGGUGAGCCUUAAGUUAGGAAGCAUCACAACUAUUGUUGUGUCUUCUGCUGAAGUUGCCAAAGAAAUGUUCCUUAAAAAUGACCAGUUAUUAUCAAAUCGAACAAUUCCUGAUUCGGUUAGGGCAGGAGACCAUGACAAACUCUCCAUGUCAUGGUUGCCUGUGUCAGCCAAAUGGAGGAAUCUUAGAAAGAUUUCCGCCGUUCAAUUGCUCUCUAAUCAGCGACUUGACGCUAGUCAAGCCCAAAGACAAGCCAAGGUCAAACAACUUCUUGCAUACGUGCAAGAUUGUUCUAAGAAAGGGCAACCGGUUGACAUUGGGAGAGCCGCAUUUACCACCUCACUAAAUUUGUUAUCAAACACAUUUUUCUCAGUUGAAUUAGCGAGCCAUGAGUCUAGUGUCUCCCAAGAGUUCAAGCAACUCAUGUGGAAUAUGAUGGAGGAAAUUGGCAGACCAAAUUAUGCUGACUAUUUCCCCAUUCUUGGCUACGUUGAUCCUUUUGGUAUAAGGCGUCGUUUGGCUGCUUAUUUUGAUCAACUCAUAGUUGUUUUCCAAGACAUUAUUCGUGAAAGGCAGAAAGUUCGAUCAACAAAUGGUUCAAAUGCUAAACAAACAAAUGACAUUCUAGACACACUUCUCAACCUCCACGGAGAGAAUGAGUUGAGUAUGGGAGAAAUCAAUCAUCUUCUUGCGGAUAUUUUCAACGCUGGAACAGAUACAACCGCAAGCACUUUAGAGUGGGCGAUGACAGAGUUAGUAAAAAACCCGAAUAUGAUGGGAAGAGUUCAAAACGAAAUUGAACAAGCUCUUGGAAGAGAUUGUUCCAGCAUUCAAGAAUCCGACAUAUUAAAACUACCUUACUUACAAGCAAUUAUCAAAGAAACAUUACGUUUGCACCCUCCCACAGUGUUUCUCCUCCCUCGAAAGGCAGACACCGACGUAGAGCUUAAUGGCUAUCUUGUGCCAAAAAAUGCACAAGUUCUUGUCAAUCUUUGGGCUAUUGGUCGCGAUCCAAAGGUGUGGGAGAACCCGGAAGUAUUUUUGCCGGAACGGUUCUUAAAUUCUGAAAUUGAUGUGAAAGGACGAGAUUUUGAGCUUUUACCUUUUGGAGCUGGUAGAAGGAUUUGCCCUGGACUGACAUUGGCAUAUAGAAUGUUGAACUUGAUGUUGGCUACACUUGUUAACAACUACGAUUGGAAACUUGAAGAUGGAAUGAAUCCUGAAAAUUUAGAUAUGGAUGAAAAGUUUGGGAUUACGUUGCAGAAGGUUAAUCCCCUUCGAGCUAUCCCAAUCCCAAGGAAUUAAUUACUUAGUCGCACGACAACAUCGAGUCGCUUCUUAUAAGAAUAAACCUAGUAUUUUUGUUCUAAUGUUUUUAUGUAAUUCUUUUCCCUAAAAGAGUACGUAGUACUUUGAAUUGUUUCACCGAUAUUGAUAAUUAUUGUAAGCGACUUAUUAUAUAUGAAUUACUUUUAAUAAAUAUUA